CCAGCUACGAGUCGUGAGUGUAAGCCCAGAUAGCGCAUCUGUUCCUCUCGAGCUGGUUAGCUCGCUUGCUUCACACUGUGACCAGACGAUCUGUGGGUGAAAAUGUUGAUACUUAAUAGAACAUACAAGAGGAAGGUGUGCAAAUGUUUAAUUAGGCAAAUAGAUUUCACUAAAACGUGUUCAUGUCUGCAAAGAAAUGUUUGAGUGUACUGCUGUAAGCCAGUGACCAGGUGCAGUUGAUUUGAAUCAGACUUUUACAUUUAGUGUCAGUCUGGUUUUCCAAUGCAGUACUUCAUUACAUCUAUUGCAUUAGAGUGACGUCUCUGAGUGACUUCCAGUAGCCACAGAUAGCAGACUAUGACAGCGUUCAUAGCUUAAACCGGUAUUUCUGCAAAAAGUUCUUAAUAUGUUAUACAUGGAAGAUUAAGCAUCUUUUGAAAAUACAGCACAGGUUAUCCUUAUAACAGAUAUCCUUCACUGUAAAUAUUUAGUAACAAUGCAAGGUGAGGUCACAGAGCGUCUCAUGCAUUAGGGCAAUAGAAGCCUCAUACUUCAACCAAAAUUGUUAAUUACAGGAAUGUAUAGGACUACCAGUGGCACAUUGUGUAGAUCUGCGCCAUAUAAAACAUAAUGAGAGGAUGUUAUUUCUAGUAGAUGUAUGCACUCAUCAGUCAAGGACUUCUUCGUAUUUCAAAUAGAGUCUUAACAUCGUUUCAAAUAAAACUACAUUGUGGGAAUGCCACAUUCGAAAACGGCGCACUUCUUUGCCGUUUUUCAUUCCAAAGGAAUCAUUAGUAUUACACCAUUCCCGAAUGGGAUCAUAUGAUGUCAUCGCAUCGAUAUGGAGGGAGGGAAGAGGCGAAACGUCCACAGAGAUUUCCCAUCACUGAAAAACAAAGUCUCAACUGCUAGUAGCCUCUUGUUUGUGUGUUCAGUGGCGUCUCUAUCCCGUUGAACACCUGAGGUCGACAUCCUUCUACUAGCGAUGUUGCCCACAUUGAAGUUAGCCGUGGAUAUGCUUCUGGCGAUUUUCCUUAUGGCGUUUUCAGUUGACAGAUCCAGAGCAGUCAUACACAUCUACGCCGCUAGCAACAAAACCAUGGUACUAGAGUGUCCCCUGAACAAAACCGCAGAGACACAAAUAGUUUGGUUGAAAAACAACCAGACACUUAAGUUUAACUCCAGAAUUAGUCUCUUCGAGAAGCACGGCUUAAAGAUAUCAGCCUUGAAUUACGACGACGAUGGUGAAUACACGUGCGUCAGUGGUGACAACAAGACGUCUGAACCUAAACAACUUCAAGUAACAAGUAAACCAAAAAUACAGAUUCAAGAGCCAUUCAGAAAGCACGUCAGAGAAGGCGUGAACGUGAUCCGGAAGUGCAGGUCACAUGGCAUACCUCGGCCAACCGUAGAGUGGUUUACAAACAGACAUCAGCGUGUAAAUAUCUCGGACAAUUCCACAUCCCAGACAGCCAGGAUGAAAGUUGUGGAGACAAUCGACGGCAACACGACACUGGUCACUUUGACCAUCUCACCCGUGCUGUACUCGGACAAUGGUGUCUUCACGUGCAUCGCCUCUAACAGACACAGCACCGUCAUGGAGUCGUCCAGAGUGGAUGUCAGAUAUUCUCCCAAAAUGACCUCCCUGUUCAACACUACAACACGAGUGGUCCACUGGUGGGAGAAGGCAGUGGUGAAUCUCACCUGCACAGCAGACGGCAAUCCGUUCCCAACCAUUACAUGGUCGCCUGAAGCGGAGGAUGGAGACAGCGUGCUGAACUGUUCCAAUGAAGAGAGGAUAGCAGAGUCUACGAUAGCUCGAUCCAAUUGCUGGAUAAGAUCCGUGAACUCAUCCUAUCAAGGGGGAAAUUACUCUUGCUUUGCUGAAAAUAAUUUGGGGAAAACUUUGGUUCACAGCUUUGUCGUGCAAAGGAUCUACCCUCCGCCACCAGUACAGUUUCGUCUCGCAGAAGUGACAUCCAAAGCGUUCAUUAUGGAAGUACACGUCCCAAGGGACGAUGACUCGCCUCCUCCCCGAUACGUCAAGAUCAAAUACAGGGCGACCACUGGCAAUUUCAAACAUGAGUUCAUGUCAGAAAUAGAUGAAAACGGAAAUUCAAAUAUUUCACUUCCUGGGAUUUUACCCAGAAAACACUAUGAAAUUUCCAUGGCAGCAGUAAACAAAGCCGGCUAUGGCUUGUGGACUUCCACCAUUCAAGAAAGUGGAGACAUGUUGCCAACUACAACAACAACAACACAGAAAAUUCCAUCCUACAACAUAACAAAAAAUGACCACAAUAGCAGCGCUCAAGUCAACAAUCCAAGAAAUGCAUCCAGCUCAGCAACAAGCAGCUGGCUAAGUGUGAUUUUAUCAUUGGUUCUCACAGCUGCUGGCUGCCAACUAACAUUUCAUGAAAAAUUGGUAUUUUUAAGACACUGUGAUUUUCUUUUGGAUUUUAAGAAAAAUGACUUCAAUGAAACAUAAACUUUGCAUUGUGAUAAAAGAAAAAUUUGUGAGUUUAAAAUAUGGAAGAGGAAUGAAAAAGAACAAAAAUUCCCAGAUUCAAUCACUUCAUGUGCUUUCAUUUGUGUUUUGUUUUUGUUUUUCAAAAAAGACUACCAAGAAGGAACACAUUUGAUUUGGUGAUGUAUUAACGCUGGAUUGAAUUCAAAAGUUACCUCUAAUCAAAGCUGGCAUAGCAUCAGGUUUGUUUUCAAUGUUUACAGGCAUUAAGACAAUGAUGGCAGAUGCAGAUCAAAAUAAUUUUGUUGGAAUAUGUUUUGAAUGGUUUGCAAUAUUUUGCUGUCAUUUUAAUUGGGAUUUGAACUGGAGAUCCCUUGGUUUAGAAGUGAAGCAUUUUGUCAUUGGCCACCAUGACCCAUCAAUUUAUCAAUGUAAUAAGCCUAAUGAAAAUUCUGUGACCCAAUCCUUCACAGAAAAAGUGGUGAUAGAUCUAGUUAUUUCAUUGUGAAAUACAUGCAGUUUAGAUGAAAAUAAAUAAGCCACUUGCAAUUCAUUUGGAUACACCCGCUGUGGGAAGGAGGGAAUUCCUGAGCAGGCGAAAUUGUUCUGACCACAGCUAAUGCCCAGGCUUUCACCUCAUUUCUUUGAGAUGAUCCAUAGUCACUUAAAAUAAAAUGUGGUGUACUUAAAAAAAAAACAAAGGCUGCUGGUGAGGGCUUCUAAAAAAGAACAACAAAUGAAAUAGCUACAAUCAAUCUACUGUGAACUGAAAAAAAUAGCUCACACUAAAAUGUUGUCUGAGGUGGGCAGCCAAUGUUUAAAAAACAAAAUGAAUUAAGUUCUAAAUGAUAUAGCACUGUUCUCUUUUGCAAAACAUUUGUGCACAUUUAUUUCAAGUGUUAUUCAUCUAAUUUGACUAUGUACGUCCAUAGAUCAUAAAUGUUUAACCUACAGGGUGUUUUUUUUUUCUAAUUUUACAUUGCAUUUUUUUUUCUUUUUAAAGUAAAUGUAAGCUAAAUGGCUAAUGCCCCUGGUAGCAUCUUGGGUAUGGGGGCGGGGGACUGUACCAAAUGACCCCAAACCUAGUGAGACUACUGCCUGACUGCUUAGAUUUUAGUCCUCCCUUCCCAGGUUUGAACAUUUCUGUGAAUUCUUCUCUUUAUACAAGCAUGCUAUUAAGUAAUCCAUUCCCUGUGGUAAAUAUCACUCUAGUCAUCAAUAGUAAAGGCAAGACAAAAGAAUUUCAGUAAAGAUCCACUGACUUAUAGUUGUGGCCCUUCUUUAUUAGUUUUAUCACUAGUUUUCAACAUGCCUUCAUUAAUGAAUUGCAGUUAGGGCAUGAUGGGAGACAGUUGACAGUCAUAACUCAGGAUACAAAGGUUCAAUAACUCUGUGGUACUAAGAAGAUUGAAAACAAGAGGAAUAAUAAACUGUUCUAUGGAGAUUUUUAACUCAUUUCAUAUUUGUAUAACAAGUUUCUGGGUUAAAAUAUAAAUUUCCUUCUCCAUCAAUACUUAAAUGUGAAAUUUAAUUCAUCUUUUUUACUAUGGCAUAAUGUUUAAGAAUGUGUGUUGGCCAGAACAAUGACCAACAACAUUUAUUAUCGCUAGUCUGGGCCUGUCUCUAUAUGGACCUGGUUAGCACUAGCAUAUUAGCCCCAAUUCUCCACUUUAUAAUUAAAAAUCUCAAUGUCUCCUCCAGAACUUUAAUAGCCUUUCCUUUACUUCUAUUACUAGUCCACAGCCAUUCAGUUCUCUACUGAGUGUUUCACAUAUGCCACUGAGUGAAUCACAUAAUAUUAGUCAUUUAAAUAUUGUGUCUGUGUGUUUCUGAGAAGCAUAUUAUGUGAAUGCAUCAUCCAGUGUUUCAUGUUAAUUGAAUUAACUGCUACUCAAAACAUGGCGUUCACAAGGAACUGUACUUUCACUUAUCCUAUCCUUUGAGACUUGAUUAGAAUAUUCCAUUUGACAACCCUUAUCCCAGAGAGUGAUGUCUGUGUUAUUCCAUCCUACCCACCCCCUUGCAAAUGAUGUCUCUUGUUAUUCUAUGCUGCAAUGUAAAGCACAUCCUUGUAUUGUAUGUUUCAAAGAAUAUCAUUCAUGGCAUAUCAGUUUGAAAUUACCUUCUAAAAUUGUCAAGUGAUUCAAAAUUGAUACAUUUUUAAUUGAAAAAAAGAAAAAAAAUUA